GUAUAAAAUGCCGGUGAUAUCCCUGCAUCAGCUUCUUUUCCUGUAGCCACACAUUCAAAAUCCCUCCAUCACCAUGCCUCAGAAAGCCCUUGUUGUUUCCGACGAUCACCAGCCGGUUCUCGUCGCAGAUCAUCCGAUUCCGAAGCUUCGCGACAACUUCAUCCUUGUCAAAACUGUCAGCGUAGCUUUGAACCCGACCGACUGGAAGCAGCUUGAGAACAAUCCUCCCGCUGGCGCUGUGAUUGGUUGCGAUUAUGCCGGUAUCGUUGAGGAAGUUGGUAAAGGCGUGACCAAGCCUUUCCGCAAGGGUGAUCGCAUCUGUGGUUUCGCCCAUGGCUCCAACCUUGUGCAGCCAGAAAACGGCGCAUUUGCUGAAUACAUCGUGGUGAAGGGCGACGCGGCGGCUCUCAUCCCAGACUCGCUGAGCUUUGAAGAAGCCGCCACCUUGGGAAUCGGUAUCGCUACUGUCGGCCAGUCUUUGUAUCAAGACAAGGGACUGGGACUUGCACUACCCUCCAAGCCUCUUGCUCAGCCUGAGCCUAUUCUCAUUUACGGAGGCUCAUCGGCCUCGGGCUCGUUGGCCAUUCAAUUUGCCAAGCUCUCUGGAUAUACUGUGAUCACGACCUGCUCGCCGCGCAACUUUGAUUUCGUGAAACAGCUCGGUGCCGAUCUCGUUUUCGAUUAUCGCGAUCCAGAAGCCCCAAAGGCCAUUCGCGAAUACACCAAGGACGGGCUGAAACUUGUCUUUGACACUAUUGGAUUGGAUGACGCUAUCAAGUUCUGCGAUAGCGCAUUCUCCCCCGAAGGUGGUGACUACGUUACUCUGCUACUGAGCAAGCUCGAGCGAGAGAAUGUCAAGUCGCGCUGGAUUCUCGCGUAUGCCACUCUCGGUGAAUACUUUAAGUAUGGCCCAUAUGAGUUCCCUGAAGUCCCUGAAGAUUUCAAAUUUGCUGCGUGGUUCUGGGAUAUCGCGCAGCCUUUGCUGGCCGAGGGCAAGAUCAAGCCCCAUACGCCGAAGGUUUGUGCUGGGGGACUGAAUGGAGUAAUUGAGGGACUGAAGUUGAUGAAGGAAGGUAAGGUUAGUGGCGAGAAGUUGGUCUACAACAUUGCGGACACUCCUUGACUUUAUCAACCAUUUGGAUGAAUGAACGAUUGCUUGUUCAGCGGUCUAGCGAAUGUUUCCUUUGCUGUUUAGUGGCAGUAUGUUUACUGCGCAAUCUUUUGUAUUAUCAACCCCUUUCUAGCGAUGAAUCAAUAACAGUCUCCUCUC